AUGAGUCAAGGCCAUGUUAUCAUCGUCGGAGCCGGUGUUAUCGGUCUCAGCAUCGCAGUCAAACUAUCCCAAUACUUGAAAAUCACCGUCAUCGCGAGAGAGUUACCCGGUGACGUUGGCAUUGACUACGCCUCCCCAUGGGCAGGGGCACACUUCCGCCCCACCCCCGCAAAAACAGACGAGGAACGGAGAGAACAGGCCUGGAUGCGACAAACCUACCAAGAAUUCGAGGAGAUCGCGAAACAACACCCGGAAGCGGGGGUGGAUUUUAUUCCCGCAGUCGAAUAUUUCGAUACAGCCGACGCGACCUCAUUCCUGGCAGAAGAGAAUGGCUACACCACAUGGCCGGACUUCCAGAUUCUCGACCCUACCCAAGACCCCCCUCAACAUCCAUCUAUCCAGCUAGGUGUUGCAUAUCGCAGUUGGGUCCUGAACUCGCCGGUUUAUUUGAAGUGGUUACAGACACGCGCAGAGGCGCAAGGGACUCGGUUCAUUCGCGCAAAGUUGACAGACCUAGAACAGGCUGUGUCUAUAUAUCGGGAGAAUAUACCCCAGGAUGAGAGUGAUCACGUUUCGGCUGUUGUCGAUGCAAGUGGAAGGGGGUUUAAUGAUCCUGACUCUUUCCCCUCGCGGGGUCAGUUCAUCAUCGUCUCGAAUUACUGUGACAGAACUAUCAGUCAUCAUUGGGGUGAUGGUUCCUCUACGGUCAUCAUACCCCGGCCUCUGGGUGGUGGGACUGUUAUCGGUGGCACGAAGGAGCCUAAUAACUGGUCUGAGGAUAUCGACGAUGCUUCAACUGAGGUCAUUCUUAAAAGGGUGAGAGAUCUAUGCCCCGAGAUGAUUGACGAGCAGGCGGAUGGACUGGCUGCGACCAAUGGGUUUGAUGUGAAACAAGUCUACGUUGCUCGGCGCCCUAUGAGACAUGGUGGACUCCAUUUUGCCUUGAAGCCAGGGAACCCUCUUCCCUUGAUAUCUUGCUACGGUGCUGGCGCAAAUGGGUACAAAAUUAGCUGGGGAUUGGCAGGUAAGGUUGACGAGUUCUUUUCUGGAUCUACACAUAACGAAGCAGACGUCUACCAAAAUACUCGGCCAAUCUAA